AUGCACGCGUGCCUGGAGUGGCUGAUCUGUGCAAGUGACGACUAUCGCGAUGCGCUCACUCGGACAGCCACCAAGCUCGAGUACUUAUUGACCUCGCUAUCGCACUUUGCCUCACGACCAUCCAACACAAGCACCAUGGAUUUCAUCUUGAGCCAAUCCAACGACCGCCGCGACGGCUACAACGCGCCCCGCCGCCAGCACCCCGGCGGCGAAGAGUACUACGAGGGCGGCCCGCCGCGUCCGGAGUACCCUGGCGGAGGGGGACGGCCUCCCUUCGAGGGCGAGGGGCCUGGCUAUGGAGGCCCGCCUCCUCCGGGCCCGCACAGCCACCACCACGGCCACCAUGAAGGCCAGCCGCCCUUCGAAGGAGGAGGGGGAGGAGGCGCGCCGUACUACCCUGAUCGCCGCCAAGGGGAGGAUUCAGGCUAUGCGCCGUCGUACGGCGGUGGAGGGCCGCGCCCAGAGUAUGGCGGCGGAGGCUCUGAUCAUGGAGCUUCUGGCUACGGCGAAGCACGUCGUCCUCAGCAUGAAAGUGGAGGAGGCUACGGAAGCUCAGAGUACUCUGAGGGCGGCCGGCGUCCCGCGUACGAGAGCGGCGGUGGGGGAUACGGCGCUCAGCGCCCCCAAGGGCAGGGUGGCGGGCAGUAUAAGAGCGAGGCGGGGGAGGAUUAUGCUGCGCCCUACCCGUCCGAGAGCGAGGGCCGCCGCCCGUAUGGCAGCGAGCAGGGCGCAUAUGGCACCUCUGGCCCCCAUGCACAAAAUGGCCCUGCCUAUGAAGGCAGUGAGGGCUAUAGCUCCUCGCGCUACGGUGCAGAGGGUCGUCAGCAGCCCGGUGGAAACCAGGGCUACGGCGGUCAGAGCGCAGGCUACGGUCAGCAGCAGCAGCAGCAGCAGCACGGCCAAGCUGCCUCAUACUACAACGACUCUGGGAACGACGAGCACAGCUCGCGUCCCCAGCAGGGCAGUGGUACCCAGUCGCACUACGGCCAGGGUGGCGGGCAGCAGCAGCACUACAGCGGCCAGUCUGGCGGUCCGCAGUACACUUCUCAGCCCCACUCGGGCGCGCAGGACCAAUGGCGCCCGGAUCUGGGAAACCACGAGAACAUCGCGAACAACGCGAGCCAGCAGAGCGGCCAGGACCCGUCGCUCUUCCACUCUGCUCUGCAGCAUGUGACAAACCACUCGAGCCAGAGCAACGAGCCCAUCGAUGAGGAGGGUGUGCAGCAGGCGCACAACGUCGCAUACCAGCAGGGCAAUGGCAGCAGCCUGGGCGCGAGCUCCAUGGGCAGUGCCGCCGCCCUUCAGGCCAUGAAGAAGUUCACGUCUGGCGGCGGCGGUGGCUCCGGCUCCUCGUCGGACCUGAUCAGCUUCGCGAUGUCCGAGGCGGGCAAGCUGUUCGACUCGUCGGGCGGCGCAUCUUCGGGCAACAAGCAGGAUGCGGUCAACAGCGCAGCGAUGAUGGUGAUGAAGAUGGUGGUGCAGAGCAAGUUCAGCGGUGCGACUGGCGGGAGCAACAGCGGUGGCUUGGGCAGCCUCAUGGGUCUGGCCUCGAAGUUCAUGUAA